AUGGAAUCCUCAAAUUCUCCUCCACAAAGCUCCCCAGAAAACAAUGAUCUGCUCUUACUCAUAAAUUCCUUAAAAGAAGAGCAGCGAGCUUUUGAAGCUGAAGAGCGCUACAUCGAAGCCCAAAUAACAGCUAAAAAAAUCGUGGAGUUAAAACAAAAACUAAAGCGAGACCAAGUUGCCGAGCUAAAAUCAAAGCAAAAUGAAGAAAGAGAAACCGUUGAACAUUCAUAUCAAGCCGAAGUGGCUGAGUUUAACAGUCACUGAAACAAAGUCAUUUAA